CUUGUUUCUUUCCGUUCUCUCACCAAUUGAACUACCCCCUUUCUCAUUAAUUGUAGCCAUUAUGUUUGCGCGUCAAGCUUUCCGCACUGCUCAGCCUCUGAGACAGGCCUUCCGCAAGUACUCCGCGGAGGCUGCCCCUAAGGCCCCCGAGCCCCCCAAGGGCAAGUCCUCGCUGACGCCCAUCUACGUCGCUGUCGGUCUGACCGGUGCCGGUAUCGGUCUGUACCGCUACAGCUCGGGGAGCACCCCCGCCGAGCGCCCUAAGGUCUUCGUCGGCGGCGACCAGGGCUGGGUCGACCUGAAGCUGGCGAACGUUGAGGUUCUGAGCCACAACACGAAGCGUCUGCGCUUUGAGUUUGAGGACAAGGAGGCCGUCUCUGGCCUUCACGUCGCGUCGGCUCUCCUGACCAAGUUCAAACCCGAGGGCGGCAAGGUCGUUAUUCGUCCGUACACUCCUGUGAGCGAUGAAGCGCAACCCGGCUACCUCGAGCUGGUCGUCAAGGCCUACCCCAACGGACCCAUGUCGGAGCACAUCCACAACAUGAACACCGACCAGCGCUUGGCGUUCAAGGGACCCCUCCCCAAGUACCCCUGGGAGGCGAACAAGCACGACCACAUCUGCCUGAUCGCGGGCGGCACGGGCAUCACGCCGAUGUACCAGCUGGCGCGCGAGAUCUUCAAGAACCCCGAGGACAAGACCAAGGUCACGCUGGUGUUCGGCAACGUCAAGGAGGAGGACAUCCUGCUGAAGAAGGAGUUCGAGGAGCUGGAGAACACCUACCCGCGCCGCUUCCGGGCCUUCUACGUGCUGGACAACCCGCCCAAGGAGUGGACCGGCGGCAAGGGCUACAUCAGCAAGGAGCUGCUGAAGACGGUGCUGCCGGAGCCCAAGGAGGAGAACAUCAAGCUGUUUGUGUGCGGUCCUCCGGGCAUGUACAAGGCCAUCAGCGGGCCCAAGGUCAGCCCCAAGGACCAGGGCGAGCUGAGCGGUAUCUUGCAGGAGCUGGGCUACAACAAGGACCAGGUGUACAAAUUUUAGGUACUUUUAGAGUAAUACUGUGAGAUAGAUUUGAUUUAUAUCAUCACUUUGUAGUGGUGAGUUUUCCAC